AGUCAAAAUGAAGCAAAAAAUUGUGUUUUUUAUUGCGGUGUGUUUUUUUCUUGCGUUGGGAGUUGAUGCGCGAGUUCGCAGAGCAAAAGUGAAAAAGAAUGCGGAUUUGGAUAAACCACAGAAUCAACAACCAGCUACAGGCGAGUAUGAUGAUCUAGACGAGUCGGAGUAUGCGGAAUAUUAUGAAGAAUAUGAAGAAAAACGAACCACUAGUUAUGCUCCACCAGUAAUAAUAAAUGCUCAUACAACCCCACAACCACCUGAUGAACGCCCCGAUGAUGAAAUAGAAUCUACAACAUUUUUUUCGCAACCUGACGAUGAGCAACCAACGCCUACAAGUUCUAUUAAUGUUCAAGUUGUGGUACCAACACCACGUAACCAUCUGGUUCCAGAUGCACAUGCUGCUGCUUACAAUUGUCAUCAUGAAGGUAAAUACUAUCUGGAAGGACAACGUUGGAGUCCUUCUGCUUGUAUGAACUGUACGUGUACGUAUGGAAAGGUGUCUUGUCAUAAACAACCAAAUUGUCCAAGAGGUAUUUUACCACCAAGUGAUCCUAUACCAGGUCCACGUGGUGAUACAGGUUUCCAAGGUGAGCCUGGUUACCCCGGAUCUUCUGGUAGUCCUGGUACUCCGGGUAAUCCAGGAAUACCUGGUCCUCCUGGCCCACCUGGUCCCGCCCCUGAUUUAUCAAUGUAUUAUCAUCAACUCGCGUUGUCUGAAGCUGGCGGUGAUAAAGGACCAUCUGCACCAGUGGAACCUUUUCAAUAUAUGCAAGCGCAAGUUGGGCCUGUUGGUCCUAGAGGUCCAGCAGGGCCGUUAGGUGCAGUGGGACCGCAAGGUUUUCAAGGUAUACGAGGAGAACAAGGUGAAGCUGGGCCACAAGGAUCAAUUGGACCAAUAGGUCCUAGAGGUUUGACUGGUCCUCCAGGAAAAGAUGGUGAACCGGGUGAAGAUGGUGAAGCUGGGCAACCUGGUGCUGCAGGUCCACCGGGUCCACGUGGUUUGCCAGGAAUGCCAGGUUUACCAGGCGUUAAGGGUCAUCGUGGGUUUCAAGGUAUUGACGGUGCUAAAGGUGAACAAGGUGUAGCUGGUGAGAAAGGUUCAAUGGGUAAUCAAGGUCCUGUGGGGCCUUCUGGUCCAAUGGGACCUGCUGGUCCAAGAGGUGAACGUGGACGUGAAGGUCCACCUGGUCCUAACGGUGUUAGAGGAAUGGAUGGAAUUGCUGGACCUCCAGGUCCGUCUGGUUCAAUUGGUAAACCAGGCCCACCGGGUUUUCCAGGUAGUCCUGGAAAUAAAGGAGAUAUGGGAUCGGCUGGGCCUAAAGGUAGUCAAGGUCUACAAGGACCGCGAGGUGAAUCUGGACGACCUGGGCAACCUGGUGAGAAUGGACCACCUGGAUUAUCCGGCAAAGAUGGAGUGCCAGGCGAGAAAGGAUCCCCAGGUUCUCAAGGUAUUUCCGGACCGCCUGGUUUUCCCGGGCCAAGAGGUCUACCUGGAAUUGCUGGAAAUCCAGGAACUCCUGGCAUUAAAGGUCAACAGGGUAUAUCUGGCGAACGUGGUUUUAAAGGCGAUAGUGGUAUGAAAGGUGAAACAGGUACAAUUGGUCUUCGUGGACCUCAAGGAGCUGUCGGGCCAGAGGGUAAACGAGGCAAACGUGGUAUGCGUGGUCCAAGCGGUGAACAAGGACCACAGGGUGAACGUGGUCAGCCUGGCGCAAGAGGAUUGCCCGGACCAGAUGGUCCAAUUGGUCCUAAAGGUCAAAAUGGUGAUAAAGGACCUCAAGGUCUUGUUGGACCUAAAGGACCACAAGGUGACAUAGGCAGACCAGGGUCUACGGGUUUACAAGGUCAGCGAGGCUUAACAGGACGACCUGGAAUGACUGGCAAACCAGGAAACCCCGGAGAACGCGGUAUUGCAGGUGCAGACGGUAAACCAGGCGAAUCUGGACCACCGGGUUUACAAGGUCUUCCUGGACCAAUUGGACCACCAGGAGAUAAAGGAUUUACUGGUGCUCCUGGGAAAGAAGGAGAACCUGGACUGCCUGGUGCAACUGGACCUCGCGGCGACCCUGGAAAAGAUGGUAUUCAAGGUUUACAAGGACCUCCGGGUCCCGCUGGGUUAGACGGUGAACGAGGAGCUGCUGGACAACCAGGCCCAAGAGGUUUUCAAGGUUUACCCGGUGCGCCGGGUCUUCAAGGGAUGCCCGGUAAAGACGGUGAGGCUGGUGUGCAAGGACCGAUUGGUGUGCCUGGCGCACAGGGCCAACGCGGUGAACGUGGAUUUCCUGGAGAACGUGGUCCACUAGGACAACCAGGUUCUCCUGGUGCUAAAGGUGCAGUUGGUGCGCAAGGCAUUGAUGGUCCACCAGGACCAACUGGCUUGCGAGGAGACAAAGGUCAUGCUGGGCAUCCGGGUCUAGUAGGUUUACCAGGUUUACGUGGACUACCAGGACAGCAAGGUGAUAAAGGCGAAAGAGGAUCAUUAGGUCCAAUUGGUCCUGAGGGUCCACCAGGUCGUCAAGGAGAACGAGGUUUGCAAGGACCGGUAGGACCAAUAGGUCCUCCAGGAGAACCAGCAGAACGCGGAGAUCAAGGAUUACCAGGACCACCAGGUGAAACUGGUGCGCCUGGUAAUGUUGGUGAUCGUGGCCCACUCGGACCACCGGGUGCUCAAGGUUUCCCUGGACCAAUUGGUCUUCCAGGAAUAUCAGGUGCUAAAGGUGAUCGCGGAAUGCCAGGCGGUAAAGGCAUGCAAGGUAAUCCUGGUUUGGCUGGAAAACCGGGUGAAACAGGCCCAAUAGGUUUGACAGGUUUACAAGGUGCUAAAGGUGCCCGUGGAGAGACCGGAGCACGCGGUGAUGCUGGUUUAAUGGGACCUCCUGGAAGACCUGGAGAACAAGGCCCAGCCGGAUUGCCUGGUAAUGCAGGAACACCAGGUUUACCCGGAGUUCCUGGUAUUAAAGGGGCGACAGGUGAUGUUGGUCGUACGGGUCUGCCUGGUGCUCAAGGUCUACCUGGUUUACAAGGUUUGGAAGGCACAAAAGGUGAAACUGGCGCUGAAGGACCAUCUGGACCACCAGGUCCAACAGGUCCGCAUGGAGUAGCUGGUGAACGAGGUUUACCUGGUUUACCAGGUCCUCAAGGCGCAACAGGUAUGCGUGGAAUGCGCGGUGCUCAAGGUGAAAUGGGUGUUGCUGGAAAACCUGGUCAUGAUGGCCCGCCUGGACCAAUCGGAUUAAGUGGACCACCAGGACCUCCAGGACCUACUGGUGAUCAUGGUCCCGAGGGAGCACCAGGCAAACAAGGUCCAGCUGGAAUUGCAGGUAGACCGGGUGAUAAAGGACCAACAGGUCCGCAUGGUCCAGUAGGCCCAACAGGAGCACCUGGCCUUCCUGGCCCUAUUGGUCCAUCAGGCCCGAUUGGACAAGCAGGUGAACGUGGUCAACGUGGCGAAACAGGCCCACAAGGCCCCGAAGGUCAACAAGGACAACGAGGUAAACCAGGCCCACCCGGAAUUGAAGGAGCCAAAGGUGAACGAGGCGAAUUAGGUCCAAAAGGAACAAAAGGUCAUCGUGGUUUAAUAGGAUUACAAGGUUUACCUGGUAUUCAAGGUCUAGUAGGUGAAAAAGGUAGUCAGGGUAUGCCAGGUUUACCUGGUAAAGAUGGUGAAGUAGGCCCACGUGGUCCAUCAGGUCGAGACGGUUCAAUAGGACCACAAGGUCCUUUGGGACCUGCAGGCCCACGCGGAACAAACGGAGAUCAUGGUAAACCAGGACCACCAGGCCAACCAGGCCCACCUGGUCCUCCUGGUCCAACAGGUGAAGGUCUAGCUUAUGAUGCUGCUGGUUUAGCAGCUUUAUUAAGCCACGCACAGAUCAACACAAAAGGUCCUGAUGCAAUGGGCGAUGAACCAAUGCGUAUCUUUGGUAAAGACAUAACCGACGAAGAACGCAAACGAAUCGUAGUCAAAGCAUACGAACAACUGAAAGCAUCAUUCGAAAAGUUCAAAAAACCAAACGGAGAUAAAAAUUACCCAGCGAAGACUUGUCGUGACAUUGCUGCAGCGUAUCCUGAAUACCCCAGUGGUCAAUAUUGGAUUGAUCCGAAUGAAGGUGACCCGAGAGAUUCUAUUUUAGUUCAUUGUGACAUGGAGAAACGCGCCAGUUGUAUUUUACCAUCACCAACACACAGUCCUGAAGUAACCUAUAUCGGUAAAGAGGCAGAAAUAUGGUUGGGAGAUGUCGAAGGUGGAAUGAAAAUGACCUACAAAUCAGACAGCACACAGAUAGCUUUCUUACAAUUGUUAUCUGCGAAAGCACAUCAAAACAUAACCUAUCACUGCAAGAAGUCUGUAGCGUAUUAUGAUCAAGCUAAACAUUCAUAUCGCAAAGGGUUGAAGUUUGCUUUGUGGAAUGAGGCUGAAUUAACACCGAAAGCAAACCCAAGAUUGAAGUAUGAUACUUUGGUUGAUGAAUGCAAAUAUCGUAAUGAUGCCUGGGCCAAGACUAUUAUUUCUUACGAAACGGACAAACCAGUAAGGCUUCCGAUUACUGAUGUAGGAGUGAGGGAUGUGGGUCAAGCAGAUCAGGCAUUCUGGAUUGAAAUUGGAGCAGUUUGUUUCACUUAA